CCGCGCGCUGCGGGCCCGGGGUGAUGAGGGGGUGUAGAGCGAGUGCGCAUACCCGGCUCCCCCAGGCCUGGACCCCGUGAGCGCCCAGCUCACGGAGCCCCCCCACUUAUUGGGGUGCAGGGUCGGGGGACCCAGGAGGUCCCGGAGUGCAGCCGGUACGGAUACGUGUCCAGGAGACUCCCCUUAGCCAUGGAUAGCCCCGGUCUUCGUGAGCUCCAGCAGCCUCUGCUGGUGGGCGCAGGCUGUGAGCCCCCUGCCCAGAAGCCUGGCAAGGCUGAGCUGGGGCCCCCUUUGAGGGAGACAGCCUUUGCAGAGUCUCUGAGGGGUUGGCAGUCCCCACCACCACCUCUUCCCUCUGUGAGCGCUGGCCUGGGGGAACUUGGGCACCUUGACCUUGAGGCCACGUCAUCCAGUGACAGUGACUCGGACUGGGAUGGGGGCGGCCGUCUCUCCCCGCUUCUACCCCACGACCACCUCGGCUUGGCCGUCUUCUCCAUGCUCUGCUGUUUCUGGCCUGUGGGCAUUGCCGCGUUCUGCCUGGCCCAGAAGACCAACAAGGCUUGGGCCAAGGGAGACUUCCAGGGGGCAGGGGCUGCCUCCCGCCGUGCUUUCCUGCUGGGGGUCCUCGCUGUCGGGCUGGGCGUGUGUAUGUAUGCAGCUGCCCUCGUGACCCUGUCUGCCUACCUUGCCUCCCGAGACCCGCCCUAGCUGCCCCUGCAUCCCCCCCAGUGAACCCGUAAGCUGGCACCCAGUGCGUCCGUGGGUAGCGUGGAGAAAUCCAGGUGGAUGGAGUUGGCAGAAUCAGCCAAAAACCAGAGCGAGUUGGACAUCCCCUUCCCCUUCCUGGUCAUCGCUCACCAAGAACGUGAGAUUAAACACCAGACUCCUUUGCAGCCAAACCUGCGUCUGUCCGUGUGUGUGGGGAUGGUGGGUGGGGCCUAGGGGCACCUGAAGCCUGGAAGGGACCAGUAAGGGUGAGAGCCUGUGGUGGGCAUCCCCAGGGUGCUUUCCGACACCUCCAAACCAGAGAAGGUGGAGCCAGCAGGGCCAAUGCCAAAUUGCAGAAUGUUCUCUUCACAACGUGGGUGGCCUAGUAUCACAGUUCAGAGAAUCGGGGAGAGCUGGACUCCAGCUCCUUACCCCUGCACUUGCUGGCUGUCUAACUUUGGCCCAAGUUAUGUCUCUUUGAACCUCACUUUUUCUCAUCUGCAAAAUUGGACUGAUUUUCUCCACACCUCAGGGCUGUAGUGAGGAUUAAAUGUCACAUGGGUGAACAGCUGUCUCCCUCUGAGCUCUUUUGAUAACCUGUGGCAGACAUUCAACUCACACUGCAACAAAGGGGGAAUUAGAAAAUUGAGGUAGUAUUGGCUUCAGGCAUGGCAAGAUCCAGGGGUCCAAAUGAUUUUUUUGCUCUACUGCUCGGUCUUUUUCUCUGUUGGCUCAUUCUGUGUCAGGCUCACCCCCUUUGGGAGAGAAAUGGUCCCAGCAGCUCAGGCAACUUCAGUGCCUCAGAGAGGUCCCCUUUCCCAGGCUUGAGUCUCACUGGCCCGGUCUGGGGUGGGAGGCAGCCCCGUCUGAAUCGAUUGGGAGAGGAGUGGGUCCUUAUGGAAACAUCAAAGUGCUGGAACCAGAAAAGCGGCAGGGGCACACUGGGCAGGCCACACAGAUGUCUGCUAAAGUGCUCAAGAGACAUGCAGCAAGUGCUCCAUGAACGAGGACAUUGGUGGUUCAGGGGUAGAAUUUUUGCCUUCCAUGAGGGAGACCCGAGUUUGAUUCCUGGCUGAUGCACCUCAUGCGUAGCCACCACUUUCCUGUCGGUGGAGGCUUGUGUGUCGCUGUGAUGCUGAACAGCUUUUUGCAGAGCUUCCAGACUAAGACAGACUAGGGAGCAAGGCCUGGCGAGCUACUUCUGAAAUUCAGCCAGUGAAAACCCUAUGGAUCACAGUAGUCCGUUCCCCAACCGUUAGUGGGGCUGGUGCAGGAUCGGGCAGUGUUUCCUUGUGUUCUGCGUGGGGUUAUUGUGAGUUGGGGGCCGACUCAAUGGCAACUACAUUAUAACAAAGUGAUAGUUCUGUUUUCUUACUCAGUUUCAUGACAUUACAAUGGAUCUUGCUAGCGGAAAACACCAUUCUCCACUUGGCCUUCCCCCGAUUGUCUCAUGGGGCAUAAUUUCAAGCUCAAGAGAUUUAUGAGUUUCCUUCUUGGUUAUAGGGGAGUAUGAUGUUGCUCACCCAGUGAGACAGUUGUGGGGACUCUGUGACGUAGUUCAAGCACGUGAAGCCUGCAGCAGGUGGCCUGACAGAUGUGUUGUUUUCAUCACAAAGAUAGAUAGCUGCCAUCGAGUUGACUCCUACUCAUGGUGACCCUAUGUUUAACAGAACAAAACGCUGCCUGGUCUUGUGUUAUCCUCACCAUCUCUGGCACAUUCCAGCCCAUCACUGCAGCUGUCGUGCCAUUCCAUCUGUGAUGGUUAAGGUUGUGUGUCAACUUGGCUGGGCCAUGAUUCUCAGUGGUUUGGCAGUUGUGAUGCAGUUUGGCAGCAAUGCAAUGAUGUAAUCAUCUCUAUAAUAGGAUCCGAUAUAAUGUAAUCACUUCCAUGAAGAGAUCUGUUCUGAGCAGCCCAUCAGCUGAAAGGGAGUUUCCUUGGGGGUGUGGCCUGGAUCCAAUAUAUGUGGACUUUCUGGCAAAGCUCGCUGGCUUGUGCUCUGCUCUGGAUCCUGCAUCUGCCUCAUCAUCUGACGUCUGGUUCUUGGACCUUGAGCAGCUUACCUGCCAAUCUUGGGAUCCAUCAGCCUCUGCAGCCUGUGAGCCAGCAGCCUGCUGUCUGACCUGCAAUCUUGGGUUCCUCAGCCCUGCAGCUACUUGACUCAUAAGGAGCCUCCAGCCUGACCCACGACUUGGGACGUUCCAGCCUCUGCAACCACGAGCCAUUUCCUUGAUGUAAAUUUCUCUAUUUACACACGCACGCGUGUGCGCGCUGUGGGUACCUAACUCUGCCCCACCUCAAAAUAACCCCCUCCACAACCCCCUCCACCUCAAGGGCUCCUGGUGGCACAGUGAUUAAGAGCUUGGGUGCUAACUGAAAGGUUGAUAGUUCAAACUCACUAGCCGCUCUGCGGGAGAACGAUAUGGCAGUCUGUUCUGGUAAAGAUUACGGCCUUGGAAACUCCAUGGGACAGUUCUACUGUGUCCUACAGGGUCGCUGUGAGUUGUAAUGACUCCACAGCAAUGGCUUUGGUUUGGUUUUGGGUACCUCUGGCUCAGUGCAUUGAAACUGUGGUGGUGCAGUGGUUAAGAGUUCAGCUGCUAACCAAAAGGAUGGCAGUUCAAAUCCAUCAGCCACUGCUUAGAAACCCUGUGGGGCAGUUCUACUCUGUCCCAUAGGGUAGCUAUGAGUUAGAAUAGACUUGACAGCAAAGGGUUUUUUCACUGGUAUUGUUCUCUGGAGAACCCAGCCUAAGACACCACCUCACCAAGGGUGAGAUAUCCUCCUCCAGCGACUGAUCCCUCCAGAUGACAUGUGUCCAAAGCAAGCAAGUCAGUCAUUGCUCUGUUGUGAUCCAUAAGGUUUUCACUGGUGAUUUUUGGAAGAUUUCCAGGCCUUUCUUCCUAGUCUUUGUCUGGAAGCUCUGCUGAAACCUGUCAGUCAUAGCUUCCAGCAUCACAGCAACAAGCAAGCCACCAAGGUACAACAGACAGAUGGGUGACAGCAUUUUCAUCAUAAACCCCUCCCCCCAAAGUCAGGUCCCUAUGGGAUCCUCUGACCAGGAGGCCCAAUUGCGGGCUAGUCACUCCCUGAAGGAUUCCCACUAAAAACCUGGGUCAGGGGACAGCAAAUGGCAACUAAAGCUGCACCCCCGUUCCCAAAUGCCCUUCAGGAGUGCCUCCACCCCACUUGAGAACCAAGAGUAGCAACCCCUUCCAUUCACAGAUGGGGAACCACAGCCCCAAAUGUGUGCGAGUGUGGGAAUGGCCGCCUCCCCGGGUUCUGUCUGCUUGAACUGUGAGGGCUCUGGAACAGGACUGCCUGAGGAGAACCCAGGCCCGCCUCUGACGAGCUGGUGACUUCAGGCGCCUGCUCCUCAUCUGUGAAAUGGGGGCUCUAAUAGCAACCCCCCCUCACAGGGUUCUUGGGAGGAUUAGGGAAGUGGUUGUAAACAGAUUCUUCUCUGAGGUGCCCUGCCCUCGCUCACUCUCCUCCAGCCACACCGGCCUCUGGCCUGAAUGCGAGUCUUCCCCCCACAUAUCUGUGUGCUUGCUCCUUCCCUCCUUUGGGGCUUCUCUGGGAGGGCUCCCUGACCAUGCAUUAAGCCUGCAUUCCCCCAACCAACUCUUCCAUACCCUGCUUCCUCACUUUCAUUUUUUCAUAGCAUUUAUCUUUGUCUGAUAAACACCAAUUUUAUUUGUCCAUCUCUCCACUAUUCCCUGAAUUUGGGACCUGGGUCCUAAGAGGGCCUGCCCACAGUAGGUGCUCAACAGGUGUUUGUAGGAAUGAAUGCGUACUGAUUAAUUCAUCCAGUA